AUGUUCUUGACUGAGUUAUACCGAGAAAGCUAUAGUGUCAUCUGUGUAGGGCUGUGUGCUGCCGAGACUGAGGCGCUGAUUCUUUCCAUCGCCGGUGAGAACCGACUGCCGAGAAUUGCUAAAGUUAUGAGUUCGAAAAUUUCCAACGAGAAGCUCUGUAUCGACAACGCCCUGCGCGCCAUCGGCCAAGUUCCCGACGGGACUCACGAGAGCGACUCGCUCUUCCUUUACAAUAUCGGCACCGCCGUCAGCGCAGUUCUCCAGUUUGACGAGUGGUGCAAGGCCGACGGCCAGGACUGGGGACCAGCUGGUCUAGAAAGAAUGUCGAACGUCGUAGGACAUUUUCCUUUUUGCUAUUUGCCUAGCCAGGCUUGAUGCUCUUCUGCCCUUUGAAAGUAAAGACAAGGUAGGGUAGCUCCAUUAUUAGCACAGCAUAUGAUAUGAAUAGGUUGCAACCACACCGCUAGAGGGAAGUACAAGGCUAGGAGCUGCCAUCCUCAGAUCUUUCCUAUCGGAAAGAAAAGAAAAAACAAUUGAAAAAAAAAACAAGACAGUAGAAACACCAAAAGUGGAAAAAGCUAGAAAAGGAAAAAGAGAAUCACCGACUUCAGAGAAGCGGAGACAAUUGAAUUUGACAAGAGUGGGAUUCGAACC